CUGUUGAUUCGUUCCUCGAAUGGCUGCAGCAGCCUGGGCUGGGCCAGAUAAAGCCAGGAGUCAGGCAUUCCUUCUGGAUUUCCCGUGUGGGUGAAGGUGUCCAAGCACUUGGGCCAUCUUUCUCUGCUUUCCCAGGCACAUUAGCAGGAAGCCAGAUCAGAAGUGGAGCAGCUGGAACUGGAUCUGUUGUUGCUCAUUUGGGGUGCCGGCAUUGCAGAAGGCAGCUUAGCUCACUGUGCCCCAUGCAGGUUCAGUCUCCACUUCUCAGAGGAGGAAGCAGAGCUACAGAAGAUUAAAUGGCCAGGUUAGCCUGAGAUCGUGCUGGGUGUUUGAAGCCAGCAACUGAGUCCUGAGUGAUCCUGUAUGUGGGGAUCUUGUAUUCGCCUGGUCCCCACCACCGUCCGGCUUGUCCGUUCUCAGAUCUGCUCUUCCUCCCGUUCCUUCAUGGAUCUGAAGACACUCAUUUCCUCCUUGAACGACUUCGCACCUCUGUCUUUUGCGGAGAGUUGGGACAAUGUGGGAUUGCUGGUAGAACCGAGCCCACCACACACUGUAACCACGCUCUUCCUGACCAAUGAUCUGACGGAGCAGGUGAUGGACGAGGCUCUGCAAAAGAAGGCCAACCUCAUCCUUUCCUACCAUCCACCCAUCUUUAGUUCCCUAAAGCACCUCACCUGGACUUCGUGGAAGGAGCGCCUGGUGAUCCGGGCGCUGGAGAACCGAGUGGGUAUCUACUCCCCUCACACAGCCUACGAUGCAUCGCCGCAGGGAGUGAACCAUUGGUUGUCCAAAGGUCUCGGAGCCUGCACAUCCAGGCCCAUUCAACCUUGCAAAGCUGCCAGCUGCCCUACAGAGGGAACCCACCGCGUAGAAUUCUACAUUAAGCACACUGAAGAUCUGGACAAGGUCAUGUCUGCAAUGAAAGAAAUUGCAGGUGUUUCUGUCGCUUCUCUUUCUGCUAGGAUUGAUGAUGGGGAACACACACGGAUCAGCCUGAAUUGUACCGAGAAGGCUUUGAUGCAGGUGGUCGCCCAGCUCUCCCAGAACAGGCAGCUUUAUCAGAGAACUGAGAUUCUGUCACUGGAGAAGCCUCUGCUUCCACAUACUGGAUUUGGACGAUUAUGCACCCUGGAUGAAUCUGUCUCCUUGGCAACCAUGAUUGAGCGAAUCAAAAGACACUUGAAACUAACUCAUGUUCGCCUAGCCCUAGGGGUAGGGAGGACCCUAGAGUCGCAAGUCAAAGUUGUGGCCCUGUGUGCUGGUUCUGGCAGCAAGAUCCUGCAGGAUGUAAAGGCCGACCUCUACCUCACAGGUGAGAUGUCUCACCAUGAUGUUCUGAAUGCUGUUUCCCAAGGAGUAAAUGUCAUCCUCUGUGAACACAGCAACACCGAACGAGGCUUUCUCUCUGACCUUCGUGACAUGCUGCAUGUCCACUUGGAGGGCAAGAUUAAUAUUAUCCUAUCAGAGACAGACAGAGACCCUCUGCACGUGGUGUAAGGCGCACAGGAACAUCAAGAUGACAUCAUCUGCAGAUCGCAUCUCGAUUCACAAUGCAAAAUGGAUAUGCUCCUGCGAGAAUGUCUUAGGAUGUACAAGGAAGCCUCAGAGUUCAUGGAAAUGUGCAUUUUGAGAAAACAAGAUUUCAAUUCUUUUUCCCAUUAAAAUAAACAAUUUUGAAUUUCAUUUUCUGCAAGCUUUUGAACUGUUCUCACAUUAUUUCUGGUCUAUGUCAUUCAACAUUCAUGAGGUAAAAACUGUUAACUAACAUAAUAAAGAACAAACAUCCAGUAAGAAGGA